AUCGUCGACUCAAAACGGCAAGUCGUUACAGGCGAGUGUCCGAAGGAAAGCGGACCUAUUGGGCAGAAUUAAUGAAGCCCCUACCGCAAAGAAAUGAAGAAUCAUACUCAAAAAAGCAAUCUCUACCUCACCAACUGAAUCGAAAAUCCAAACCUACGAAGCUGAUAAUUCAAUAGAUAUAUCGAUCACAGAUUUGGGUACGCUGCUUUUGUGUUACUCACUCGCUGUUCUUGUUUUCUGGUUCUUGAUUCGAUUAUAUAUAGAUCACAAGCUUCAUACGCUAAAGAAGGCUAUAGUACAUUCAUGGGUUUGGAUUAUACUUGCGCGUUCAUGGGGUACUUCAUCAAAUAAUGAAGAGACCGUCUUUUAGGUCGUUCAACUUGUCCCCAGACUGGUUCGCUUUGUGUUUGCAAAAAUGCCUGAAAGAAAAGGCUUUGCGACCGGGCAAGCAAGUUCAUGCAAUGUUGUUGACUACUGGGAGAGACGUGACAGUGUUGUCCUUGAAUUCAAAGCUUGUUGGGAUGUAUGCAAGUUGUGGGGACGUAAGGUCGGCGAGGCUCGUGUUCGAUAAAAUUCAAAACCCGAAUGUUUUCGCGUUGAAUUGGAUGGCAUUGGCUUCCGCGUUUAAUGGGUAUUUUGAGGAUGCUAUUGGGUAUGUUUGUUUGAUGCGGGAACUGGGCAAUCUUGGCAAUACAUUCACGUUUUCGAUUGUGUUGAAAGCGUGUGUUGGUUUGAUGGAUGUAAAGAAGGGAAGGGAAGUUCAUGCUGUGGUGAAGAAAAUGGAUUUUGAAAAUGACGUAUCAGUUGCAAAUGCUUUGAUUGAUAUGUAUUGUAAAUGUGGGAAAGUGUGUUGUGCUCGUCGUCUGUUUGAUAGAAUGGUUAGUAGAGAUGUCGCUUCUUGGACAUCGAUGAUAUGUGGUUACUGUAACAUAGGCAAGACCGAGCAGGCGCUUGUGUUGUUUGAGCGGAUGAAGUUGGAAGGGCUGGAACCGAAUGAUUUCACAUGGAAUGUGAUGAUAGCUGGUUAUGCUCGGUCUGGAGAUACGAAUAGAGUGUUUGCGCUUUUUUCUAGAAUGACUAGAGCAGGGUUGCUUCCUGAUUUGGUUACUUGGAAUGCGUUGAUUUCCGGCUUCGCGCAAAGCCAGCAAGCUGGAGAAGCAUUCAAAUUGUUUCGGAAUAUGUUGGUUUUUGGGAUUAAACCCAAUGGCGUGACUGUGACAGGACUACUCCCUGCAUGUGGAUUGUUGGGUUCAAUUGAAAGAGGGAGAGAAAUUCAUGGGUUGAUCUACAGGAUGGGGCUUGAUAUUAAUGUCUUUGUUGCUAGUGCUCUUAUUGACAUGUAUUCAAAAUGUGGCAAUGUUAGAAUUGCUCGAAGUGUCUUUGACAGGAUUCCUGACAAGAAUAUCGCAUCAUGGAAUGCCAUGAUUGGGUGCUAUGGGAAGCAUGGCAUGGUUGGUAUGUCAAUACAGUUGUUUGGGAGGAUGCAAGAAGAAGGAAUGCAGGCAAAUGAAGUGACUUUUAUCUGCAUUCUUUCUGCAUGCAGCCAUAGUGGUUUAGUAGAGGAAGGUGUGAAGAUUUUUAGGACAAUGAAAGAGGGUUAUGGGAUUGAUAUUGGAAAAGAGCAUUAUGCUUGUGUUGUUGAUCUUUUGUGUCGUUCAGGGAGGAUCGUAGAAGCUUAUGAGUUGAUGAAGGAGAUGCCAACACAAGUCCCAGAGUCAAUUGUUGGAGCUUUCUUAAAUGGUUGUAAAAUCCACGGAAGAAGAGAUCUGGCUAAAAUGAUGGCUGAGGAUAUUCUGUCGAUGGAGUUGAAGAAACCUGGAGGUUAUGUGACACUGUCAAAUAUUUAUGCUGCUGAUGGACAUUGGGAAGAAGUUGAGAAUGUAAGGAAGAUGAUGAGGGAAAAGAACAUUCUUAAGAAGUCUGGUUUUAGUUGGGUAGAGAAGAGAAAUGAUUUUGUUGGAGAGGAAAAAGAAAGUGAUGAAGUAAAAAUGGGAGCAGAAAAUGUCAGAGAGAAAAAAGAUGAUGCAGGGUUGAAUGAUGUAGAUGCUACUGGAUUUUGGGGUUAAACAGCAAGAAGAAAACAGAAUGCUCCGAUGCUCAUAUCAGUGAUGCAGCAACUUCUUGGUAGGAUGAGUGUCAUGAUGUAACUACAUAUUCACUUGAUCAUGCGACAGUCAUACAUGUGAUAUUUCAACCCAAAAGAUGCAUAUUGUCUGUCCUUUUGAGUUCAAGCGUUGAUGCUUUCCCCCCUUUUCUAUUUCUUUGUUUUUAUGCUUUUUUCUAUUUCCAGAUCUUGAA